AAGUCACGUAACGUCAUUGAACAACAUAGAGGAGUACAAUUGACGGUCACAGUUGAGUUUUUAAUCUGUAUAUUUAACAACAUUUCGCCGACACUUCUCAGAUGUAGAGUGCGUUCUGUGGACAUAUUAAGGAACAUGAUUCCCUCAAGGACGAUUCCCGGCUGACGCAGAGUCCGCGUGUCUGUGUUGUGUCACUGUGGUUCGGUUCUCUGUUUCGUCCGGCGCCCUCAACAGUAACGUUUACGGUAUGAUGAUCACGUUCCAGUUUACCGUUCUGCAAACCGGAGCACCGAAUCGGUGCUUCCUCCUAGAAACGUGCAAGCGAUGCUAUCUUAAUGUAGCAGUACGAAGAGUUCACGGUCCACCGGCACUGACGAACACAUCACCGUCAGUACACCGCAUAGGGAACCGGCGGUCGGACCUCCGGUGCACAGUCCCCUCGGUGAGACGCAGUUCUACCGAGUCACCUACGAAAGUCAGGGUUCGGUUCGCCCCGAGUCCCACAGGGCUGCUUCACCUGGGCGGGCUCCGCACUGCGUUGUACAACUACCUGUUCGCGAAGAAGUACGGAGGAACGUUUAUCCUGCGCAUGGAAGACACGGACCGGACACGGCUAGUACCGGGGGCGGCGGAGUCUAUUGAAGACAUGCUGGAGUGGGCCGGUAUCCCUCCAGAUGAGAGUCCCCGUGGAGGCGGGGCUUAUGGGCCCUACCUGCAGUCCCAUAGGCUGCCACUCUAUGUUGAGGCUGCUGAUAGGCUAGUGCAGUCAGGCCACGCCUACCGCUGUUUCUGCAGCGUUCAGCGCCUGGAGCUGCUGAAGAGAGAAGCUGUACGACAGGGACAGACCCCACGUUAUGAUAACCGGUGCAGGCACCUGCGAGCUGAGCAGGUGGAGGACAGGCUCUCUCAGGAGGUUCCUCACGUCAUCAGGUUCCGUUUAGAACCAGGGGUGGAACCCUUCCAGGACCUGGUGUUUGGGUGGACACGACACGAGGUGGCUCAGGUAGAAGGAGACCCGGUCGUGCUGAAGGCGGACGGCUUCCCCACCUACCACCUGGCCAGCGUGCUGGACGACCACCUGAUGGGGGUGACCCAUGUUCUGCGAGGCUCUGAGUGGCUCAUCUCUACCCCCAAACACCUGCUGCUGCACCGCGCCCUGGGCCAGGCCCCGCCCACUUACGCCCACCUGCCCCUGCUGGCCAACCAGGACGGCAGCAAGCUGUCCAAGAGGCAGGGAGACGUGAGCGUCCAGAGGCACCGGGCAGAGGGAGUCCUGCCUGAGGCCCUGCUGGACACCAUCACACACUGCGGGUCUGGCUUCACCUCUCAUCGUAUGGGCCGCAGCUUGCAGGAGCUGGUCUCAGAUUUCAACCCUUCUAAGAUCACCACCCACUCUGCCCUACUGGACCUGAACAAACUACCUGAGUUCAGCAGGAUCCACCUGCAGCGGCUGAUCGAGGAUGAGCAGCGCUGUGAUUGGCUGGUGAAGGAUCUCCGGGGGCGUGUCCAGCAGGCCUACGGAACCCAGAUCCAGGAAGUGGAACAGGAAGUGCUCCACAUGGAUUACAUCACACGCAUUCUCCACCUGCGAAAGGGUCAUAUCUGCUCCCUGUCAGAGCUGCUGUCUCCUCAGUACAGCUACCUGUGGCUGCGCCCCGCCCUUUCCCUCCAGCAGGUGGCAGCACUCAGCCCAGAGCCUGGACACAUCGCCUCUCUGGCACAGCGGUUGGUGGAAGAGCAGGGAGGUCAGUGGUCGGUGGAGCCCCUGGGGGCGGAGCUUAAGGCUCUGUCUCAGAAGACCAGAAGAACCAAGUACAGAGAUACCAUGAAGCUGCUGCGCCUAGCUCUCAGCGGUCUGCAGCAAGGCCCCAGUGUAGCAGAGAUGAUGGUUUGUCUCGGCCCCUCAGAAGUCACACAUCGCUUCCAGAAACUUCUGCAACUCUCACAGACUCAAACUCAAUAAAACUUACCAAAAAAAACGUAUUUAGUUGGU